AUGGCUUCUGGUGGUAACACAGACCGCAGAUAUCAACAUGCCCUCAGCAAUGCUGGGCUGCUGCCUAAGACCAUGUUGCUGUUCAUGGUCCAUGUUACCACAGAGGACAUGUGGAUGUCCAUUGUCAGUGCUGCCAUCGAGGGCCAUAAGUAUGAUGUAGCUUUGUGGCUAAGAACAGAUAAUUGUCAUUUGACUUUUUCCAUUUUCUUCAUUUUUCCUGUAAUUUCUGGUGCAGAUGAAAUUGGACUCCAUAGACAUCUAGAAUCCUCUGACACUGAAGAAGAAUACCAUGAGGAGAAUGACAUACAGAGACCAAGCUUCAGAGAGCGAGCCAUUGCCCCUAUGCAUCAUUGGGGGAGAGGAUUCAGAGGUGGCCAUAGGGGAAGAAACGGGAAUUUUUUUGGACAAAGACUUUCAGAAAAUCAGCCUUCACAUCAUCUGAUGAGGCAUGAUAACAGUGAAGAUCGAUCAGAGUGGAGUGGAAACCAAUCAGAAGAGAGACAGCCACAAAUAGAAGGAAAUCAAGUUUCCUUCAGGAGAGUUCAUGGCCACUCCCAAUCUCGGGGCCGCCAUAUUAUCAGAUCUCAUGGCCCCCACUCCAGAAGAUCUCAUAGCCACUUUAGGAGAGCUCCUGUCUACUCAGAUAGAUCUCUUCAUGACCAUGCAGAUAGACCACAUCAUGACCGUUCAGGUAGACCACAUCAUGGCUACCCAGAUAGACCACAUCAUGACCACCGAGAUAGACCACAUCAUGACCACCGAGAUAGACCACAUGAUGACCACCCAGAUAGACCACAUUAUGACCACCUAUAUAGACCACAUGGUGACCUCCCAGAUAGACCACAUCAUGACUACUUAGAGAGACAACGUCAUGACCACCCAGAUAGACUACGUCAUGACCACCCAGAUAGACUACGUCAUGACCACCCAGAUAGACUACAUCCUGGCCACCCAGAUAGACCACAUCCUGGCCACCCAGCUAGACUACAUCAUGACCACCCAGAUAGACCACAUUAUGAUCACUCAGAUAGACCACAUCAUGACCAUUCGGGUAGACUACAUUAUGACCACCCAGAUAGACCAGAUCUUGACUACCCAGAUAGACUACAUCAUGACCACCCAGAUAGACUAUAUCAUGACCAUGCAGAUAGACCACAUCGUGACUACUCAGGUAGACCACAUCAUGACUAUUCAGGUAGAUCACAUCAUGAUCACCCAGACAGACCUCAUCAUGAUCACCCAGACAGACCUCAUCAUGAUCACCCAGACAGACCUCAUCAUGAUCACCCAGACAGACCAUAUCAUGACCACCCAGACAGACCACAUUAUGACCACCCAGGUAGACUACAUCAUGACCACCCAGGUAGGCCACAUCAUGACCACCCAGGUAGACCACAUCAUGACCACCCAGACAGACCACAUCAUGACCACCCAGGUAGACCACAUCAUGACCACCCAGGUAGACCACAUCAUGACCACCCAGGUAGACCACAUCAUGACCACCCAGGUAGACCACAUCAUGACCACCCAGGUAGACCACAUCAUGACCAUUCAGGAAGGUUUCAUCAUGACCACUCAGGCAGGUUUCAUCUUGGCCACAGAGAGAGAGCUCAUCUUAGCCAUGCAGAGUUAGGUCACCAUGACCACAGAGGAAGAGCUCAUCUUAACCACACAGGAAUAGCUCAUCACGACCAUGCUAGGAGAGCUAAUGAUGGCCAUGGAGGGAGAGCUCAUAACAACCAUACAUGGAGAUCUCGCAGUCAUGAAGAGAGAUAUCGUGGUCAAGCAGAAAGAUUUGGAAGAAUCCAAUCAUCACCAGAAUCUGAACCUGAAAUUGACAGAUUCUCUACAAUAAGAGAAACGACUGAAUACUUACUAGCUCAGGAACAGCAGAGAAAUGAGCUAAUUAAUCUGAAUGGAGGGAUGAUAGAAGAAGGCUACAGCAGCUCUGAAGAAAGUGAUGAAAGUUCUGACAGUUUAUGGAGACCUGAAGUUGAUGCGGAAUUCCUGAAUGGCAGAUACACUACAAUUAAGACUAUUACACGUUUUCCUAAAGGAGUAAGACUGAACUUCAAUGUCGCAGCACGGACUAAUCGGACUAAUCUGACCCUCCACACUAGAUUCACCAUCCUGAGGAGUUUGAGACGUGCCAGAAUGAACAAUAUGAACAAUAGACCCAGAAGACAGGAAGACUGAACUGUCAUUUACUAUCAAGGGUUUGCUGAUAAUUGCACUGAACCAUACUUAGGAGCAUAAAUAUAUUCUUAGAAUGUUGAACUUAGGACUGUUGUUAUUAAAGUAGGUAUUCAGUAGGUUUUGAUGUCAAGAUUCAGUUGAUACUAAGCAAUUGGAAGAAAAACUGUUUAGCACUGUUUGCAUAAAUGAACAAGGAGAUGAGCGAGAAGAAAGCUGGACUAAGUGGCUUAAGUGGGGUUAUUUUAGGAAAACAACUAUUUUUAGAAAUAUAUGUUGUGUUUUCAAUGUUAGAGAAAACUGUAAUUUACUGUACUCCUUAAGCUCUGGAACCUGGACAAGUGAUAAGAAAGUUCUGUCCACAAAAAUUAAUCCCUGUGAGUGACUUUAACAAUUGUUAAAAUAGUAAACUUUUAUACUUUUUAUAGAAAUUUAUAGUGUAACAAGAUGAAACUUACUUUUUUACUUUUGUAAGAAUUCUAAAUGUAGUGUCUUUUGUUGUUGGUUUUGUAAAAACAUGACAAAUAAUAAAGAGUUUGAGCAUUAU